AUGGAUUCGGAGAUUCCGGACCUUUCGGACGAAGCCGAGGAACACGUCAAGCUAGAGAACGGUGAUGAGGUUGCUUUACCUCCAAGAACAAGGCUUGUGACCACAUCGGACGUGCAAACGGGCAAUACGGUGGUGCAGGUGCCAGUAUCUCUCCCGGUCGGUACAUUAAUUGGAGGUGCCACAUUCAAUGUGCUCACCUCAGAUCAAAUACAGCACUUCAAGCCGAUGAUUUGCGUGGACAACAACGGAUUCGUUUCGAGCAGCACCGUCGUCAGUGAGCUGGGAGGAGAACUAAAGCCCCACACGCAUAUCGUUAUCCAGCAGCAGAGUGCCUCCGAUGCAAACACCCAACAGGACGACUCAGUGCUAGUGGAAGGUGGCCAAUCGCAAAACAGCUCCCAGCAAAGCUCUCAACAAGGUUCCACCCAGGAGUAUCGGAUCGAAAGCAAUAGCGUUUUGGCGAAUCAAAUGGCCAACCUGGAGGUGCUGCAGGUUCGCUGCAAAACCACGACGGGCGAACUGUUCAAGAGCCGGUUGGGCUCGGGAGGACGGGGGAAGUGCAUCAAGCACAAAGACGGUUGGUACACCCCGAGUGAGUUCGAGAACAUUUGUGGCCGAGGAUCGAGUAAAGACUGGAAACGAUCGAUAAGGUACGGCGGGCGAAGCUUGCAGACGCUCAUCGAUGAGGGCAUUUUGACACCGCACGCAACCAGCUGUACCUGUUCGGCCUGCUGUGACGAUGAGUCAGGCGAAACUGCAACCGGCCCAGUGCGUCUGUUCACACCCUAUAAGCGCCGUCGGCGAAACCAAAGCGAUCCUGAACCACCCCAACUGGAGAAGAAAAAACGGAUCAUUGUGAGCAGCGGCACGAGUACAACUGUGAUCGGUGGUUCGCCCAACUCGUCUGCAACCGUCGUCAACAACGCGACCAGCAACCACACCAACAAUGCCAUCAUCAGCAAUAAUAGCAAUAAUGCCGCGGGGACGACCGUCACCAGUGUGGUUAAUUCCGCGCUCGCCAACCAGCAGCAAGUUGCGGUUCAGGCGGCACAAGUGCAUGCAGCAACACGGCAGCAGCUGGGGACGACGACGAUUAAUGCAACGCCGAUUAUUACCAACAACACGAGCACCACCACGACCACCACAACCGUUAAGGUUGUUCAGCAGGAGCAGGAUCUGCAGAACGAGUUGGCCAUUGCGAAAGAGGAACCGUGGCAGUCAUUAACGGAUGGUAUUGACGCAACGACGGAGUUCGUGGACCAACAGACACAGCUUCUAGCCGAUGCCAAUUUGCCGUUUGAAAAAAUGAAAUCGCUUUGCACGCAAAUUUCGAAAUAUAUGCAAGACCUGCGCAAGUGCAUUACCGAAACGCAAGACCUCCACAAUCGUCAGAUCGAUUGCAUGCAGCGGGAACGGGACGCAGCAAUACUGACCGUGACGCAGCUCGAGCAGGAGCAGAACAUUAACAGUAAUUGCAUUCCGCCGGGAUCCAUCCACGCCAACAAGAAGUGCGCCAACUGCAACCGGGAAGCCCUGGCCGAGUGCUCGCUGUGCCGAAGGACGCCAUACUGCUCCACGUUUUGUCAACGUAAAGACUGGAUUACGCAUCAGAACGAGUGCGUAAGGAGCACCCAGGAAGCCACACAUCAGAUUAUGCUAAUAGUGGACGAAACGCAAUAG